GAUGGUUAUUAUAGAUUGGCUAUACUCAUUCUCACGUUGAUAUUAUGAAUUUUGAAUAUUUGAUUAUGUCAUUUGGAAAUUUUUAACUCACUCACCAUUGGUUAGCUUAAUGUCAAUAAUGGCUGACGUAACUUGUUGAGUAAUAAAGAGCUUGAUGGAAUUGAGUUUAAAUCAAGGUGUUCAUCUGAAAAAAUAUCAUGAUAUGGAACCGGGUUUUAGGAUUAGGUUGAGGACAUGCAAGCUCGCUUUGACUAUAAUUUAAAGAAAAUUUUGCUAAAAAACCUUCUAGGUUGGUGAUGGCACCUUCUGAUUUAUGGAUAAAGGAAUAUAAUGAAGCUUCUAAGCUUGGUGAUGAUAUCAAUGGCAUGAUUUCUGAAAGGAGUUCCUUUCCUGCAACUGGACCAGAAUCCCAACGUCACGCUUCGGCCAUUCGGAGGAAGAUCACAAUUUUGGGGACCAAAGUUGAUGGCUUACAGUCCCUUUUGUCGAAACUUCCUGUAAAGCAGCCCCUGUCCGAAAAGGAGAUAAAUCGACGUAAAGACAUGCUCAUUCAGAUGAGAUCAGAAGUAAAGCAGAUGGCCUCAACGUUGAACAUGUCAAACUUUGCUAACCGAGACAGUUUGCUAGGCCCAGAGAUGAAAUCGGUGGAUGUAAUGAGCAAGACAGCUGAACUAGACAAUCAAGGACUUGUUGGUUUCCAAAGACAAAUCAUGAAGGAGCAAGAUGAAGGUCUUGAAAAGCUGGAGGAGACUAUUAUAAGUACAAAACAUAUUGCAUUAGCGGUCAAUGAAGAACUCGAUCUUCACACUCGCCUAAUUGAUGACUUGGAUCAACAUGUUGAUGUUACAGACUCUCAAUUAGCGAGGGUGCAGAAGAGAUUGGGAAUAAUGAACAAGCGAGCAAAGGGGAGCUGCUCUUGCUUUGGAAUGCUUCUGUCUGUGGUUGGUAUUGUGGUUCUCAUCACUGUCAUAUGGCUGCUCCAAUACUUGUAAAUGUUAUAUAAUCAUAUGGGUAUAUAAGAUUUUUCACUUUAUGAUUAAUAUCAAAUACAGAACUGUCCGGUUA